AUGCUGGUGCUGGUGGGGCUGAUGCUGUGCCUCGCUCCUGCGGACGCCCUGACUGCCUUCCCCCCAAAGUUUCAGGUGGGGAAACUGAACGGGAACGUGGUGUUGAAAUGCAACACCUCGGAGCAGCAAGUAACCUGGAGACAGAACGGGGACACGGAGCUCAUGGCCGAGUUUGACGCUCAGGGACAGACUCUCACCAUCUCUGGCUUGGACCUGCCAGCCACGGGCAACUACAGCUGCUGGGCUGGCACUGUCCUGCUGGAUGCCACCUACCUGGUGGUCAGCAGACCCCGCGAGAAAAGGAUGAACGUCUCCUGCCAGGCUGAAUCCUACCGUGGCUCCUUCCACUGCUCCUGGACUGGCCCCCACUCCGCCGUUUUCCGCGCCCGCCUCACACGCAGCGACGGCUCCUCGGGGGAGUGGGUGCCAGCGACUGGCCGCCAUGGCCAGUUCAACGCCAGCUUUGUGGACCCCUCCUUCUGCCCUUUCGCUGAGGAGCUGCACCCGCUGGAGCUGCACCUGGAGGGGCUCUCAGACACCUCCUACCUCAACUUCUCCAUCCACUUCUUCAUCCGUGACAUUGUGCGGCCCGACCCGCCACGGGAGCUGACUGUGCAGCGGCGGGGGGAGCAGCUCUACUUGGCCUGGGCGCCCCCGGCCUCCUGGCCGCUCCCCAAAUCCUACUUUGCCCUGCUCUACCGGCUGCAGUACGAGCUCCCCAACGGCACCCAGGUCGACAAGUACAUGGAGGGCGCAGAGGAGACACAGUUGCAGGAACGUGCGCAGCGGGUGCGCAUCAGCUGCCAGGACCCUUACAUCAACACCGCCUGGAGCCCCUGGAGCGCCUGGCAGGAUGUCGAUGCUGCCCAGCAGCGCCAGCUCCGAGGGCGCUGA